UGUCGAAGACAAUGCCCUAGGUCAGAAGGACAACUGGAACGCCGUGAAAGGGUGGGAGUGCGGAGAAGUAUUAAAUCAUAGCGAGGCCACUUCCAAAGUCAGUUCUACGUUGAACGUUCAGACAAGAAAUUCUUCCUUGAAUUCUUCAAAUAUUUCAUUAAAGUAAGCAGUAAUAAGCUUAUGAUUGUGUUUCUGAAGUGAAUCUUCUCGUGCAUUAAAAAAAGUUAGAAGAAAAUUUUGUUAUCAUUAACAAUAUCGGUUAUGAAGUUAACAGCGUGGAGUUUUGUGUUGUGCAUCCUGGUAACUAUUUUCUUCCUGGCGGUUACCACGUCUGCAUAUCCUGCUAGCAAUCCAGAAAUAAUGUAUAACUUGCAGGCGAUCGAAAAUAUGCGACAGAUUCCGCAAUGGCAUUGUUUACGCUACAGAAAAUUUGAUCUCGUACGUCGCUGUCGGAAUUACCGUUUAGGAAGAAAACAUUGACAAAUACAAAAUCAUCGCAAUUCAAGAUGGAUGAAUACAAAUAAGUCAUUAUAUUUUAAGUUUCAUCGUCCAACUAUUUUAAAUAUUCUACUCCAUAUGUUUAAACUUAUAUGACAAAUGAAUAAUGAAUAAUA